AUGCUGAUAAGCAACGAGGUAAUAAAAUAAUAUUGGGGGAAGCAAGAUUUCUUUUAACGACAACAACAAAGAUACUGUAGGUCAUACUUUGAAAGCCUUCUCUGUAUUGCCUUCGCCUUGGUGUCGUCAGACACAGAAAAUCCCUCUCAGGGUUCCCCAUCACAAGGCCUGUCAGUGAGGGAGGGAGGGUCUCUGAAGACUUCUGUAAUUUGCUCCAGGGGUUACACUCAGAUUUAGGCGAUGAAAAGGGUAAUCUGUGAAAGGGACAGAGAGAGAGCACAGGGAGAGGAACUAAUUCUCUCUUUAUUUUCGAGAGGAAAUUUGCAGCCCAUAACUGUUCGAUCAGAAUACAAGUGGGGUCGUCCGAAUCGCUAGCAACAUCACAGAGGGACCUCCCCCCCCCCCCACAACCAGCAGUUGGUUUCCACAGAUUAUCUCGUCUAAAUUUUCAAAAGGGAUUACAAUCCCAUUAAAGGACAAGCGCCUUUGGAGCUAAUUAAUUUCCAGCGAAUCGCUUGCAACGCUAGAGCAAGCAGUCGAUUAAAUAUUAAUAUGGGAUACCGGGGUCACUUUUUGUUUUGCAACCCUUGAAACCCUGUAAGUAUAUCGAGAUCUAAUUCAAGCAAGAGUCGCACAGUGACGGGAAAUAAAAGGAGACAGAGAGCCCCAAAGCCCUUGCCCACGAAUGAGUUAACCACAAGUCUUCCCUCACCCCAGCAUCUAAAUUUUAAUUCUAUUAUCAAACUAACGUGCGUUAAAAAAAGUUUCAUGCUGCUAUUUUUAAAAAAUAAAAAUAAAAACAUUCCCCCGCUUUCAUAUACGCAUAAAACAUCAGUCUAUAUGGUAGAUCUGCAACAUCAAGGAAAAGCCCCAUACUACCCCCUAGUGAUCAAAGUUUGGUGACCUCCAAAUAACACAAAACACAAUAAGUGGACUUUAGAUCACAAGAACAAAAAAAUUGCCCAGAAGCAAAGCAAGUCACUGCUGGCAUUCUUUACUUAGAAUGCUUUUCAUGAUAGAAGAAAAAGAGAUGAAGGGCGGGGGGUGCUAGCUGCGAGAGGCUGAGGUUUCCUGUUCCUUGGUCUGAUUCCUCCAUCUUACAAACCCAGCUAGUAGGGAAAUAUUUAUAUAUUCAGAAGAAAUAAACAACAACAAAAAGAGAAUUCUGUGUGAUUGCUUUGGGGCAAGUGUCCAGAACAAGGCAAAUGCAUAAGAGGGCAUCUCCCUCUUCAAAGGUCCUAACCAAAUGUCCCACUUUCAUCCCUUAGGUACCAGGCUGAGAGCUCGUUUCUACGGGUACCAGAAUCCUUUUCCUUUUCUGGGCAAUGCCAUUUCAAGCCACAGGUGAAUGCAUCCCUUCUUGCACAUGGAAAAGUGACCUGUCGAAGGAAAGGGUUCUGCACAGCCGUCUUCUCUUUUCAUUUCAUUCUGCGAGGGAACGUCCAAACACGUAACUUUCCCCUUGCAGCCUAAAAUAGCUCAGUCAGGUGAGACGGAGCACACAGAACAAAGAAAUGAAUUUCAUCCAUGGGUCCCUUUUUGGAAUCUCGAGCCGGCAAACAGAACCUGUAACAAAAUGUGAGCUCACACCCUAAGUCGAGCAUUACUGUUCAUGCUACCAACCAGCCCAGCAAUGGCAUCUUCCGAUAUGUGGUAGGAGAGAUGCUAAAAAAAAUUCUUUAUUGUGGCCAAAUUAUUCUGUCGCUCAAUAUCAUAUAGGCACUGUCUAAUUAAAUUAUUCAGAUAGUACAUGGGUAGAUGAGCCUGGAAAGCCCAGGACACAAAUACUAAGCCUCCUUAUGUAUAUGUUGCUCUAGGAAGCUUAGUUUGGUCAAAAUCAGGUAUACACUUCCAGAGAUAAUACUGAAUACAUUACUUCUGGUAAAUGAGUCAUCAUAGAGGGCUGUGAAAAUUUGCGUUCCGGGCUUUUUAGACUCGUCGACCCAUGUACUCUCUGAAACCAAAGGGGCAGAUGUGAAACAUAUUGCCAUUAUUUCCAGCUCUCCUUCUACACUAUAUAAGCUGGAAGCGGAUCAAAUGGGAUGCGUCACUCUCCCUUGUUCUGUUUCUCCUUUCCAACUGACACCCAACUUCAUGUGGCUCAUGGAAGUCAUUGAGCAUGUUCAAACUGAGCUACUGGGGACGGGUUUGCCAUCAUUUUUCUUUGCUCUGGUUUUUUGAAAUGUUUUCUGCAUCUGCAUAUCUCAGGGUAAACCUCAGUUGCCCCCUUUGGGCUCCAUUCCCAUCGAGUUCACUGUUAGGAGGAGCGAGUGUAUAUUCCGCUUUACAGAACUUCUGUCAGUUGGUUUUGCUUGUUAAUUUGUUUUGGUUUUGCAGCACAAUCGCAAGCAAGUCUUCUCCGAAUUACGUUCCAUUUAGUUCAGCAGGGCUUGUUCCCAGGUAAGUGGAUAGAGGAUUGUUGCUUAACAUGUGUAGACUUAGAAUGCACAUCCAUUGAAAUUAAAUGAGAAAACAAGCAAAGGGAUUGAACUAUAAGAGCGUGUGCAUGUAUGUUGCGUGGAUGCCUGAUUACCGUCUUCCAAAGCAACUACUCUAUUCCGAACUUAAAAAAUGGAAAGUGUAACGCUGGUGGUCAACAAAAGAGGUUUAAAGACUGUCUCAAGGCAAAUCUUUAAAAAUGUAGAAUAAACACCAACUAUUGGGAAACACUUGCCUGUGAGUGCUCCAGUCGGAGAACAGCCUUUACCAAAGGUGUCAUGGACUUUGAAGAUACUCAAACUCAGGACACAAGGGAGAAAUGUGCUAAGAGGAAGGCACGCUUGGCAAAUCCACACCGUGAUCAACUCCUGCCUGGAAACCAAUGUCCCCACUGUGGAAGGACGUGUGGAUCCAGAAUUGGCCUCCACGGUCACUUGCAGACUCAUUGUUAAAACCGUGUUUAUGGAAGACAACCUUACUCGGCUAUGAGUGAUCUCCAAAGAAGAAGAAGAUUUAUUUGUGUACAAAAUGGAGUCAAUAUACAGCCCCUCCUCACAGAGAUAAACAGAGCGAUCCUAACUGUGUUAAAAUUCAAUAGUUUGUACUCCUACUAUGAGUGUUUAGAAUUAAAUUAGAGAUUAAGGGAAGAGAACUGCAACUUGAAGAAUUCUUAGGGUACAUGUGUGAUCUCUGUCACGCUUUUUUAAGGAAUGCCCAAUAGCUCCCCCAAAGGCAAACUGAGCACAAUAUUUCCCCAGGGACAGGCAUCAAAGAAUAGGAGCAUUCCCUGUUCAACAGACACAGCUGGAGCAUAUGCAAAAGUCACCUUGAAGGUCUGUUCCUCAGGUAUAUAAAAGGUGACUUUUGCAUAUGCUCCAGCUGUGUCUUUUGAACAGGGAAUGGCCUAUAGUCAUGUAUGAUGGGAAUUGUCCAGGAAGUCGGAGUCCACCAUGUUGGCUGGGGUGGAUGGGAGGUGAGGUUCAAGCCCAUCUGGAGGUCCAAAGAUUUCCUACUCCUGGUCUUUAUUAAUAGCAAUCAUAGAACUUAUAUCCUGCCCUUCCUCCCCGAGGAGCCGAUGGUAGCAAGCACACUCACUUUUUUUAAAAAACAACAACAACCAGAAUUCUGAAAACAGUUACAGUAAUAAAAAAAAUCAUUUCAUUCACUCAUCUCAGGUUGCCAGGAUCAGUAGCCUUCAACCACUAAUUUGUAAACAGGAAUGUUCUCAAAUGCCUCCUGAAAGUUAAGAAGGAUGGAGACAGACAUAUUUCGCCAGGGAGAGUAUUCUACAAAUAGGGAACCACCACUGUAAAGGUGCUGUCAUGAGUCAACAGCAACCAGGCAGCCCCCAGUUGUGGCACCUACGAAAAGGUCUCACCUGCCAACAUCUCAGUCUGUCAAUAUUAGGGAAAGUGUUCUUUUAGGUACUUGGGUCCCAAGCCAUUUACGGCUUUAUAUGCUAGUGCUAACACUUUGGAUUAUGCCCAGUUGAUCACUGGCAGUCAGUGCAGUGCUUUGGGGCCAGUGACAGAUCCAUUGGGCUGUCCCACUUACCUUACCUAGCCGCUGCAUCCUGCACUAGCCGCAGUUUCUGGGCCUUCAAGGGCAGUGCCACACAGAGAGUAUUUCUCUGAAGCAUGGGUUGUCAACCAGUGUACCAUGACACCCUGGGAAGACUUGAGGAAUGUUUAGGACAGCCCCAUGGGUUUGUCCUUUCAUUAACUUGCAGCCCAUAUCUUCCUGCAUUGUCCCCCUCUCUCUCCCCAGCAGACAACCGUCCUUGAGUCCUCCUCCUCCUCCUUGCUGGAGGAGAUUCCUAGGUUCCCAGAUUCCUAGUCUCCCCCUGCUCUCCAUAUCGGGCGCACUUACAUAGAGGCUUCUUCCACAAGUUCAGGGCAAGACAGAGUGCAACCACAUCCCACAGGGGAGCCACAGAAAGAAUGUGGUUGGUCAAGGAAGCUGUGGACUCCCAAAAGCUGAAAACCACUGCAUUAGAGCAUGGACAGUUGAGGCCUAGCUAUCCUAGUCCACGAAUGUCCAUAGCAAACCAUCCAAAGCUGAGCAUGAUCAUUCCUAGCUACAGAAGCUGCUUGAGACUCUAAUGACAAGCUGGGAUCCAGGAGUCCUCCCAGAUUAUGACCCUGUUUCUUUGAAGGGAGUGCAGCCCCUCUUAGAAUGGGCUAUACACCUAAUUCCCAGACACAGGAACCAUCCAGCCACAGCACUUGUACCUUAUCAAGAUCGAGCCUCAAUUUAUUGAAACCCAUCCUGUUCAAGGGAACUGGGAAGGGAAACUCCCCAAGGAUGGGGAAGAGGGGUUCUAAGGCAGUCCUAGGGCUCAUGGUUUGAGCUGGUGCUAAAAACUGUCCCACUCAAAGACCUUUCCAUAAAUGUGCAUGUAGAAUUAACAACAUAUUUUAGGAUGAUUAUGUUAAGUGGCACCCAAAAGGUCCGUAUUCUGCUCAGACAUGUUCCACAUGAAUAUUUCUGUAUUUAUGAAGACACCAUGAUUAUACUUAGAUUUGAUUCAUUUUCCUAAUUAAGCCCCUUGAAAUUCAUUUCAGCAUGAUCCUAAAAAGAUUUCACUCAGAAGUAAAUCCCACUUGGUUCAGUGAGGUUUUUUGGUCCAUAGUUUUAGAAUUCCUGCUGUGUAUCCUGAUCCCAUGUUUUCUUUUCUUGGAAGUAAGUCCCACUAGGCUCAAUGCAACACAGAGUAUCAUGCCCUGGACAGGUGCAUUGCAGAUCUUUGUUUUUAAAAAAGAAACAAUAAAUAAAUGCAAAUGAUACAAACGAAAUAUGCAUUUUUGAUAUCUAUACUCCACCUCCAGAAAUCACCCGAGAGAGAGAAUUUUAAACUAGUUACCAUGUCCUUGUGUCUAUAUUUAUUUUGAUUUUUACCCUGUUUAAAUUUAAUAUGAAUGUGUCCUUAGGGCUGUUCUUGAUAAUUAAGCUAACAUACUUUACUCCCUCUGGCCUGCAUUAAAACACUAAAAAUGAACAUGAGACAUCUUCUUGAUCAUGCUAAAAUUUCCAAAUUUCCAUUAAGCCUUUCAUCCAUGGAGUCAGAGUUAGUUGCUGACCUGAUAUAGAUUAGCAUGGCAGAGUUGCUCCCAUGUUCUAAAGCCCUUAUUGAAAAUGGGAAUACAAUCGUACCUUGGAAGUUGAACAGAAUACGUUCCGGAAGUCGGUUUGAUUUCCAAAACAUUCAGAAACCAAAGCACGGCUUCUGAUUGGCUGCAGGAAUCUCCUGCAGCCAAUCAGAAGCUGCACCAGACGUUUGGCUUCCGAAAAUCCUUCGAAAACCGGAACACUCACUUCCGGUUUUCGAUCGUUUGGGAGCCGAAAUGUAGGAGUUCCAAGGCGUCCAGCAACCAAGGUACGACUGUAAUUGGAUUUAUAGUUGUAGGUCUGCCCUCAUCCUAUAUAUAAUCACUUAUCUAGAAAAUAGAAGCUAGUCCAUUUCUGUUAGAGUGACUAGAGUUCUGUCCCAACAACUUCAGUAAACUUCCGCUCAGCCUGAUCUCACCUACCAUCCUUCUUACAACCAGUCCUUGUCUUAGUCUCAGUGUUGCUCUUGUAGAACUCAGCAAGGAGGGGAAUGGAGACUAAAGUAAAAUUAGUUGGCUCCACCUGUCAUUGUCUCUGGUGCCUCCUUCUGUUGGUCUUCCAGCAUUUAAGGCUCCUGGAACCAAUUGGCCGAUUACCAUAAGUCUGGAACUACCCGGACACAGUUGGUAUUCUGGCCUCGUAAACAACAUCCGGGUGGAAAACGCUGAAAAUCCGGAUGUAUGGCAGUGUUGUUUUUGGUGAAUGUCAUUAAGAAUUGCUCAACAACUUUUGUGUCCGGAUUUUCACUUUGUGAAAUAUGCCAACCCUAAACAUCGAUGUAUGAAUCAAGAGUGUACAAGAGCUACUGUAGUACACGGCUAAGAGUGUGGAAAAUCCUGUGUUCAAAUUACACCGUAGUCAUGAACUCACCUUUAGCAAACCUCUGUCCUCAGAACCUCAGUCCCCCCCCCAAGAUAUGAAAAUAAUAUGCUGGCCCUUACAGGCUUUUCUUUGCUUUUUUUUACAGGCUGUAUAUGAAGGUUACAUUUUCAGGGACAAUCCCGGAUUUACAGAAACCAUCCCAGUUUCUGAUUUAAUCAUGGAAUAUCCUUCUUUUCCUUAGGACAUCCCUAUUUUCAUCAGAGAAAUGUUGGAGGGUAUAGAGUUAUGCAACCCCCCGAGCCAAGGAGAUAAGUACAGUAACUUUACAACCUUUAGAAGACAUCUGAAGGUAGCCCUUUAUAGGAAGCUUUUGAAUGUUUAAUAAUAAUAAUAAUAAUAAUACAUUUUAUUUGUACCCCGCCCUUCCCGGCUGGAGCUAGGCUCAGAGCGGCUAACAUCAUAUAAAUAAUACAAUAAUGUUUUAUUAUGUUUUUAUAUAUGUUGGAAGCUGCCCAGAGUGGCUGGGGAAACCCAGCCAGAUGGGCAGGGUAUUAUUAUUAUUAUUAUUAUUAUUAUUAUUAUUAAAUAGGAUGUCCCUAUUUUCAUCAGAGAAAUGUUGGAGGGUAUGGAUAAAGGUUAUCCAUCUGGGUGACCGAGGCUGAUUCAGUUCCCAAACCAGGUCUGAAUUGUAGUGGAUCUAAAGGUAAAGGUAAAGGGACCCCUGACCAUUAGGUCCAGUCGCAAACGACUCUGGGGUUGCGGCGCUCAUCUCGCUUUAUUGGCUGAGGGAGCUGGUGUACAGCUUCCGGGUCAUGUGGCCAGCAUGACUAAGCCGCUUCUGGCGAACCAGAGCAGCGCACGGAAACGCCAUUUACCUUCCUGCCGGAGUGGUACCUAUUUAUCUACUUGCACUUUGAUGUGCUUUUGAACUGCUAGGUUGGCAGGAGCUGGGACCAAGCAACGUGAGCUCACGGGAUUCAAACCGCCGACCUUCUGAUUGGCAAGCCCUAGGCUCUGUGGAUCUAGAUGGCACUUAUUUCUACCUUAGGUCUCACCAAUCCUAGUCCAAUCAGUACACCACACUAAUUCCUCCCAGUUUUGGUUGGGGAAUGCCUGCAGGUUCUACUUAAGUCACAGCACUGUGGGGGUCUGCAAAGCUGCAGAUGCCAAAGUGACCUCAUUAAUGUAUCAAUUAAAGGCACACAUUUAGCGGUUCCCAAUUUUGAGGUGUAAGACAUUAAACAUUAGAAAUAAGCCUGUCUGAAAUCAGCAGAACUUACUUCCUUGCCAGCCAUAUUUACAAUUGCAGCUUCAAGCUCCCUUCCAGCGAUAUAUGCAAGAGAAGAUUGUGUGCACCCGCAGGGUUGUAAGUGCGCCACAAAUCAGUGGCACCCAGGAAUUUGGUGGUGUGCACAGAAUUCUGACCACAAGCUUGGCAGCAAUUUUGCAAACUCCUGAGCUGCUUGCCUGAAGGCAGUUAACUCGUCUGAUCCAGUUCUGAAAGGUAGCUGGUCUUUAAAAGACUCACAGCAAAAUCAUAUACAGUAUACAUGGAUACUCAGAAGGAAGUCCCACUGAGUUCAAUGGAAUUUACUUGCAAGUAAGUGGAUCUAGGGCUGAUGCCUCAAACUCAUUUAGCACUGCAAGCCUCAAGGAAACUAACUGAUUCUGUGUUGCAGAAGCAUUUUUUUUGCUACAAGUUGAAAGCGAACAAAAGUAAAAUUUGCAGGUUCUUUUUCACGUUAUCAACAAAGUUUAUACAAUCUUUGAAGCUUUGUCCUUAUGGUGUGUUAUGGCAAAGGCUUCCAAUCUCUUGUUUUGUAUGCAGAUAAAAAUAUGUUUGUUUAUAUAACAACCCCACCCCAAAAAAAAAUCACUUUGGCAUUAAUUAGGCUUUUAGUUUUCCUCUCUAAAUUCUAUUUUAACCACAUUUGAUGGGUUUGUGUGUUUGUGUGUGUGUGUGGAUAGAUAGAUAGAUAGAUAGAUAGAUGAUAGAUAGAUAGAUGAUAGAUAGAUAGAUAGACAGAUAGAUAGAUAGAUGAUAGAUACGUAUUGAUAUGAUGGUGAUGAUGCACUAAAAGAUAUGUGUGUGUGUACAUAUACAUACUUACAUAUAUAUACAUAUAUAUAUGCUUUGUUUAGAGGCGUAAUAAAAAAAAUGGCCAUGUAAAUUGGAAAUUAGUUUUUGGGGUUUUUUAAUGCAAAAUGAAGCUGACAGGGCUCUUCUAUUACUGGGGUCUUAUUAGGGAAAAAAUUCUCUGACAUCUGUUUAUCCCCUGCAGCCAACCUUGUAUUCAGAAUACAGUAAUUGAUUCACCGCAGCCACCUGGGAUCUCACUGGCUCACUUUUUCCACGCCGCACUACGCAGGUAUCUCGGCAGCUAGCUCCGAAUGCACAUCUGCAUCGUUAUCUCCUGGUGAACUGUGACCCUAAACACUUUGGAGGCGCAGAUGAAAGUGCUUCCUCAACCCUCCAGUGCUAGGGGUAUAGGGAGUUCUGCAGCCUGGCAAUUCACCCAGGACGCCCAAUCAGAAUCAUCCCCUUUGAAGCCCUUCUCAGCUGGGAGACCAUGAAUGAUUCAUAGCUUCUCUUCUGCACAGACUAAAGGAAGGAAGAGCAAAGCUGGCGUCUAUUAUUCAGGACCGCAUCCUCAAUAAGCCUCCAUGUUCAGCAAAUUGCUACAACGUUUUCUGCUUAGUCCUCACCUGUACACAGCCUCUCCUUUUGUGCGCACCACCGCCUGCCCCCCCUUUCCACCAACCCCCUCCCCGUUUUAACAGAGAUAGGCUAAUUGUUCAAAAGGACGCUUUUACUCGCUGGCAAUACAACAAACGGAAAAUUAAGAGCAACUGUAAACUAAUUGGGGGCGGGGAAGCCGAUGCCAAGGAAGACCACAAGCUCUUUUGCUUUGAGAUGACGGGGAUAAUGACUUGGGCGUAUCGUAAUUUCCAUUUUAAAACCAAAGCUGUCAUGGAAGGAGGUGCGGUGCUUUUGCAUUCUUCCAGAAAUCUACUUUAGCUUUGAUUUUUCCAGCGGAUAUCUGCCUUCUCUGCUCUGCGUCUUCUUUUCCCCCCUUCCUUUUUCUUUUACAACAGCGCUGUACUUUCAGCUCUACAAAAACACUGGUGGCUGCAACAUCCUCCUUACUAAUGCAUAUCUGCAAUAUAUUCACCAAGGCCAUAAAAUGCAAAAAAGAAAAAGAAAAAAAAAGAGGUUUCAGGCCAGUGGUUCCCAAACUUUCUUCUAUCCCCACAGACCACUUGAAAAUUGCUGAGGGUCUUGGUGGGCCGCUUAAUUUUUUUCUCCUGCCUGUUGAAGCAAUUGCAUUGUGAGGCGCUAGAUGCUAGAUGGUUCUUUGAUUGUAUUUUGAUUCCUUCUUUUGUUUCUCAUCUGUUGUCUUUUGUUGCAUUCUGACCAAAUUCUGUAGAGCUUGAGUUGCAAUGCAGUAGAAUGCAAGGUGAGAAGCAGUGGAGGCCAUGGAAAAACAAUUAAAAAUAAAUAUGAAUAUGUAAUGUGAUAGACGUGGCACCUCCCAUCUUCAUGCACAAAUCCACGGGUAUUCCGGAGGACUGCCUGGAUGAAGCUCGCAAGCCAGUUUUGGAAACCUUCUUUUAUUUAUUUUUAUUUUUUUUAAAAAAAUUAUGAGAUAUUUAUUAAAGUUUCAAAAAUAAAAAAGAAGUUACAAUAGUAAUAAUAAGAACAAGAAAAAAGGGGGGAAAGAAUAAAAAAGAAAGAAGAGAAUACAAAAUACAAAAAAGUAAAACCAAUUAAAAACAAAUCAAUCUUUCCAUAUCUUGUCUUUCAUUCACUUGUUUCCCUGACCUCCUCACACCUCCCCUUUUUUGUAUUCCAGUUCAGUAAUUACUUUCAGUAGCAUUACUACUAAAAACCCCUUAGCUUCAUUCCAACAUCAUUCUAACAUUCAUUAAUUUUACAGUAUUUCUGUAGAUAGUCUUUAAAUUUCUUCCAGUCUUCUUCCACCGACUCUUCUCCCUGGUCUCGGAUUCUGCCAGUCAUUUCCGCCAGUUCCAUAUAGUCCAUCACCUUCAUCUGCCAUUCUUCCAGGGUAGGUAGAUCUUGUGUCUUCCAGUACUUUGCAAUAAGAAUGCUUGCUGCUGUUGUAGCAUACAUAAAGAAAGUUCUAUCCUUCUUUGGCACCAGUUGGCCGACUAUGCCCAGGAGAAAGGCCUCUGGUUUCUUCAGGAAGGUAUAUUUAAAUACCUUUUUCAUUUCAUUAUAGAUCAUCUCCCAGAAAGCCUUGGAAACCUUCUUUUAGGCCAAGUUUGCAAAGACUCUGCCUGUAAGUGGCCAUAAGCAAUCAUUACAAGGUGGGCCUCAAUUAUUAUCCCCCUAAUGCAGAUAGGUGGAGCAAAGACUGGCAACAGUAGCUCACCUAAGGCCAUCUAGGUGAGAGUUGAACUGGAGAUGUCCUAAGUCACAGUCAGAGGGAGAUUUAGGGCAGUCAAGCCUAGGGGGCAUCACAAUUAUGAUGCAGUGAAUUGAGCAGAACAGAAGGAGAAGGCAGGAGCACUGACUUUCAGCCUCACACAGGGCUCCGCUGAAAUUUGAAAGACCCAAAUCCUCCCCUGUCACAGUUCGGACUCUUGGUUCCUGUACACAGCAAGUUGUGUCAGAUCCGGCACAGCAUAAGAUGUAAAAAGGAUAUACCGUAUUUUUCGCUCUAUAGGACGCACCCGACCAUAGGACGCACCUAGUUUUAGAGGGGGAGAACAAGUAAAAAAAAUUCUCUCCCUCUCUGAGCAGUGCCCCUUCAGCGAAGCGGCAGGAGAAAUGGAGCCCCUUCCAUUUCUCCUCCCGCUUCGCUGAAGGGGCGCUGCGCAGAGAGGGAAAGCUGUGCAGCGCCUCUCCAGCGAAGCGAAGCCAGGAGAGCAAGAGGGAUCGGUGCACACCGAUCCCUUUUGCUCUCCUGGCUUCAGCGAAAGCAACCCGAAGCCUCUGGAGCGCAGGGGGAACACUCCCUCUGCCCUUCGGAGGCUUUGCGUUGCUUUCGCUGAAGCCAUGGAACCUGCAUUCACUCCAUAAGACACACACAUUUCCCCUUAAUUUUUGGAGGAGAAAAAGUGUGUCUUAUAGAGCAAAAAACACAGUAAUGGGUGGGGAGAGGAAAGUACAGAAUACAGAAGCUAAAAUACACACAUGCAUCAUUUUAUUUGUAGGUGGCCUUUGUACAGCUAAAACCAUGCUCAAGGCCAUAGGUACCAACUCCCUGGGGCCCUGGGUGCCCGAGCACCCACAAAAUUCCCCAUGAAGCGGCUGGGCAGCCACAAAUUUCAGUGCCAUGCACACUGCAUGGCACCCACGGCCCCGGCUACCCAUGGUCCCAGGGCCAAGCUAGCACUCCUCUCAAGGCAGCCUACAAAAUUAUAUAUAUAUAUAUAUAUAUAUAUAUAUAUAUAUAUAUAUAUAUAUAUAUAUAUAUAUAUAUAUAAAAUUGCAAACAUAAGUAGUCAUAAAUAUUUUUUUAAAAAAACCAAAAGGUAUACAACCAAAUUGAAACAUUUUCCACAUAGAUCAUAACAUCUAAAAUCAAAUACUGUACAAAAAGUUAAUAUCUUUAACAACAAACAGCAACAACAACAACAACAACAGCAACAACAAAUCCCCCUAAACAAUACCCCAGCCCAAGAGUCUGUUCAGCAGCCUCAGCUUAUGUAGCUGGAGUCAGUCAGGGGCCUGCCCUUCCAAGUUAGAUGGGAAAAGGCCUUCAAGGCAGGGAGCAGCUUUUCCAGGACUCACAAUGCCUUUCAGCUUCUCUUCAAUACAGUGGUACCUCGGGUUAAGAACUUAAUUCAUUCUGGAGGUCCAUUCUUAACCUGAAACUGUUCUUAACCUGAGGUACCACUUUAGCACAAUUUCUGUUCUCAUCCUGAAGUAAAGUUUGUUAACGGAGAAAUCUGAGGGCUCCCUUGUACAAGGAAAACAAGGACACCAGCCAGGAAUACCAGAGCAAACAGCAGCCAGUAGGCUUGGUCUUUAUUGAAGACUGUCGCGAGAGGACUCCAACCUCCUACCAGGUGAAACAAGAUGGAAAGAGAACCAAAACUUUUAGCUUUAGCUGCUAAUCCCCAUGCUACAAUCCCCCAAACUACAUCACUAAUACACCAUGGUUACAUCAUGAAAAGGGAGGUCUGGUGGCAGUAAUCUGAGCAUCCUGGAUCCUGCCCCAUGCCUCGCCUUGCCCUCCAUCAAACACCCAUUAUGUGUAACAAAAGAGAUAUUUACAUUUCCCUGCUUCCCAGCCAAGUUAAUCACACCCUUUUGUCUUCAUCUGGGUUUGUUAUUUCUGGAAUGGCUACCUGUCUGGCACUCAGGUAUCAGGAUGCCAGGUAUUAUCACUCAGGCAGAGGGGCUGCGGAGUAGCUGAGCUGACAUGUCUAUAUGAAUUUCUGAAGGUUUCCCAGUGAGACAGUACCCAGAUAUAUUUGUCAGUGAAUUGUUACAUUUGGUAUUGUGCAGCAGAGGCCCUUCGAAUAGAUAGGAAGAAACUGUGGUGAAGUGUUUUGUGGGGACAAAUCACAAAAGUCACAAAAGGGAUUUGCUGAUUUUGGUAGUGGGCUGCAUGUGCAUGAUAUCUGCUGGAGGGGCAACCCCCCCCCCAACCUAUACAUAAAUCCCUGCAACAAGUUCUUAACCCAAGGUACUAUUUCUGGGUUAGCAGAGUCUGUAACCUGAAGUGUCUGUAAACCGAGGUACCACUGUAUAAGGGAAAGGAUACGGAAGGCUUUUUAGUACACCAGUGGGCAUGGAGUUGGUCAAGCAAAGAUAUGCUGGAGGUUAAUAAAAUUAUGAAAGAGACAGAGAGCCUUUUCUUCCCUCCUCCUCUCAUAAUUCUGAAACUCAGAGCCUUCCAGUGAUGUUGUCUAGCGGGAGCUUGAGGGCAAACAAGAGGAAGUUCUUUACAAACACAUAAUUAACUUAUGACAAUUUGCACAAGACGUGCCAUUGACUUAAAUAGCUUUAAACAUGUAAAAGACAAAUUCAUGGGAAAAUCAGCCCGUCAACAGCUAUUAGGCACAGUAAACAGAGUCAGUGGCAGUAUAUACCCCUGAGCACCAGCUUCUGGAGGUAGAGGGUGGAGAAGAUGGAAUUGGGGUGGCCACUCACAGACCCUCCAAGUCUUCCUAUUUUCCAGGGAUGUCCCUGAUUUAGAGAAGCCAUCCCAGUUUAGGAUUUGAUCUCAGAAUGUCUCACUUUUCCUUAGGAUGUCCCUGUUUUCAUCAGAGAAAUAUUGGAAGGUAUAGAGUUAUCCAACCCCUGAGCCGUCUGAAGGCAACUCUGUAUAGGAAAGUUUUUUAGUGUUUAAUGUUUUAUUAUGUUUUUAUAUAUGUUGAGAGCUGCUCAGAGUGGCUGGGACAACCCAGUAAGAUGUGUGGGGUAUAAAUAGUAAAAUUAUCAUUAUAGAAUGGGACGUCCCUAUUUUCAUUGGAGAAAUGUUGGAGGGUAUAGACUCUUUUCAAAGUGCUGCUUGUGAACCUCAAGGCGCUUCUGGUCGGUUGCUUUUGGAGAGGAUGACCCAUGAGUUAAUCAAACAAGGCAGUUUUCCCUUAAUGUUUUUAUUUUAUUUAUCUCUGUGUUACAUUUAUAUCCCACUCAUGCACCGUGGUUUGUAGCCUCAUGUUCACAAGUCAUGCUGCAAAUUCAGAUAUAAUCCUUUUCAUUACUCGAGGAUUCCGCCACCCACCAUUUGUUCACCGUGUGACUUCAUCAGAAGUUUUUAAGCAGAGUGUAGCCCACUUAUGGGGGAUGCUGGACCAGCAGAUUUCAGCCGGGGGUCAGGCUAGAUGGCCCUUGCAGUACAUCUAUGCUUCCAUCAUUUUUUUUUAUGAUCACUACUGAAGACCAUGGAAAUAACCAUUUUUAGUGUUUGCAAAUACAGCGGUACCUCGGGUUACAUACGCUUCAGGUUACAGAUGCUUCAGGUUACAGACUCCGCUAACCCAGAAAUAGUGCUUCGGGUUAAGAACUUUGCUUCAGGAUGAGAACAGAAAUUGUGCUGCGGCGGCACGGCAGCAGCAGGAGGCCCCAUUAGCUAAAGUGGUGCUUCAGGUUAAGAACAGUUUCAGGUUAAGAACAGACCUGCGGAACGAAUUAAGUACUUAUCCCGAGGUACCACUGUAACUUAUUAAUGUUCUUCAGUGUUGCAGUUUGCAUGCCCAAACCUAAUGUAUUAUUUAGAAUCAUAGAAUUGUAAAGUUGGAAGGGACCCUGAGGAUCAGCUAGUCCAGGGCUGUCCAACAGGUCGAUCACAACCUACUUGUCGAUCGCAGAACCCUACCCCCCCCCAAAAAAACACCUUUGUCAGCUCAACAACUUUGAUGAAGCUUUCCCCCCAAAAGAUCAACAUCUCUGGUCAAUCCAAUAGGUAGAUCACUGCCAGAUUUUUUUAUAGUGGUUGUAGUCACAGUCUCUUGGAAGUUGGACAGCCCUGAAUUCUAGUCCAAGACUCUGUGAUGCAGGAAUAUGCAGCCAUCCCAUACAAAGAUCAAAUCUGCAACCUUGACGUUAUCAGCACCACGCUCUCACCAGCCUAGCUAUCCAGCUCUCCACAGUAAGAGAUUUUUAUGCCCACAAUCCAAGUAUUCAUUCAUAAUUAAACAUAUAUUUUGGGGGGGACAAGGAGAGCACGUGAUAGAAUUGUAUCGGGUAUUAUCUCCGACCUAACCAGGAAACAGCGAUAUCUGCUUUUGGAACAUUUUUUUUAUAUUCUUGAGUCAAGUGCAAGGACGGCCACUUCUUAUAAAGGUAAGGAACACUUCAUGCAACACCAUUUUAGGUGUGUUCCUGUGAUGUUUUCGGAGUAGAAAUAGAAAAGCAAUGUGUGAAUGCUGCCAAUGUACUAACAAAGCACCAUUCAGGGGCACUCAGUAGGGAGCCAGAAUUGACCGCAGCUCCCUUUUGAGGGUACACUGGGUAGAAAUCAAGUUUUGCUGCCGUGUAAUGUGUGCAACACCACCAAUGAAUACUUUGAUACUUGGGAUAUGUAACAUCAGCGACAUGCCCUCUAUGUCGAACAUGCAAUAGCAUUUUCAAGUCAUCUUUUUGUAACUAAUUCACACAGGUAAAAAAGCAUAAAGGACUCCUGGACGGUUGAGUCCAGUCAAAGGCGACUAUGGGGUUGCGGCACUCACCUCACUAUCAGGCCAAGGGAGCCGGCGUUUGGUGUGCUUUUGAACUGCUAGGUUGGCAGGAGCUGGGACAUAACAACGGGAGCUCACCCUGUUGCGGGGAUUUGACCCGCCGACCUUCUGAUCAGCACGCCCAAGAGGCUCAGUGGUUUAGACCACAGAACCACACUCAUUCCACACAGCAGGGUGGGGGAAGCUAAACUCCACAAUAUUUCAGUGAUACCAUAUUUUCCCACUACAGUGGUACCUCAGGUUACAUACGCUUCAGGUUACAUACACUUCAGGUUACAGAGUCCGCUAACCCAGAAAUAGUACCUCGGGUUAAGAACUUUGCUUCAGGAUGAGAACAGAAAUCGUGCUUCGGUGGCACAGCGGCAGCAGGAGGCCCCAUUAGCUAAAGUGGUGCUUCAGGUUAAGAACAGUUUCAGGUUAAGAACAGACCUCCAGAACGAAUUAAGUACUUAACCCGAGGUACCACUGUAUUCAAAAUGGCUUUUUGUGUUGGGGGUGGGGGGAAGAUACAGUUGUCUAGCAUGCUUGCCUUCCCAUCUGCCCCAGGAGCAGUUUGUCAUGCAGACUGAAGUGUGGUUUCACAGCCAUUAUAGGCACCAAAGACAAGCGUCACAACUUGCCUCUUCCCAUGUUCUGACACUUAUCCCAGUGUUGAGCUUCUAAAGUGGACACUUGCCCACACUAGCCAGACCCAAGACAACCACUUCCAGCCCAGGAGCUUCAUUCCUUUAUGAACAGUCUUUUGUGGGCUUCAUGCCGGGGUAAGGAAGGUCAGAGGCAAAAAUGGCAUGGUUCAAGGACAAAAUUCUGGCCAAGCAAAAGCCGUGGAGGAGAGUGUAGAGGAGGACCAGUGAGGCCUAAGGAAAGCGGGGGAUGUAGGGCAAGUCUCAAGGGCCAUAGAGAGGGCUGGAGGGCCACAUUCAUACACGAGACUUGAGAUGCCUUGCCCCCGACAUAUAAAGCGGACCCCUGACCAUUAGGUCCAGUCGUGGCCGACUCUGGGGUUGCGGCACUCAUCUCCCUUUAUUGGCCGAGGGAGCCAGCAUACAGCUUCUGGGUCAUGUGGCCAGCAUGACUAAGCAGCUUCUGGCGAACCAGAACAGCGCAUGGAAAUGCCGUUUACCUUCCCGCCGGAGUGGUACCUAUUUAUCUACUUGCACUUUGACGUGCUUUCGAGCUUUCAUAUAAUCAAUUGUCCCGUCACAUCAGCCAUUGCACUUUCCAGUAAGGAUGGAAGGAUCAGCUUCACUUCUCUCAGUUACUUAUUUUUCCAGACUUAAUUUCAGUUCUCCAUAUUUCUACAGCAAUUAGUGGGCUUCCUGCACCUCAUGAAACUUAAUCAGCAUCUUAGUGCACAUUUAUUCUAUUAAACACAUUUUUAAUGUCAUUUUCACAAAAUGUGCACCUUUUGCAAGCUGUCUCCACUAACAUCAUGCAAUUUUUGUUUGUUCUUUUCACCAAUGUUUGAAUGUCUAUGAACACUUCCCCCUCAUGUAUGUGUUUUUGUAAGCAUCGGUUGGAGAACUGCCUAGCCAAAUUUGGAAAUGUGAAUGUUGUAGGGUGGCCGGUUCUCAUACUGUUUCAGAGUUCACCUUUAAAAGUGAAUUGAAUCAAGUUUCUCCUCCGUCUCUAAUUUCCAAAGGAGACAGUUCACACAUUCAUCUGCCAGGAAACGAGUGUAGAGAAGUUGAGUGAUGUCUAUGCAAGUCUUCAACACACCCAACUUCAGAAGGGCUUACUGCUGUUGAAAUUGUCAAAGGAUUUCUUCAGACUUUGCCUUGCGACUGGUCAUAGAAUCGUAGAGUUGAAAGGGACCACUAAGGGCCAUCUAGUCCAACCCCCUGAAAUGCAGGAAUCUCAGCUAAAGCAUCCAUGGCAGAUGGCCAUCCUACCUCUGCUUAAAAACCUCCAAGGAAGGAGGAAGGAGAGUCAAUUUCUACUCCCUCAGAGAUCCCAGUAAACCCUUAUUUUCUCCUUUCCUUCUCUUAGCCUUUAUAAAGAUUUGUGUGCUCAGUUUCCCCUUUAUGCUAAAUGUGCCCAUUACCUCUAAAUCCCAAUGAAUAAAACAAAAACUGAAUAUUCUUAGAAAAGCAUGCAGAUGGUUUGAGCUGAGACCUUCUUUUUUUUAAUGGGAGGCUUAUUUUAUUGAGGGGGGGAACAAUAAAUAGGAAAAUUAGAAGCCGGUAAUAGAGCCAUAAUGAUGGCAAAGAUUUGCAGAUAUUGAAUACGCAUAAAAGGCUUCAUAAAUAAAACAAAAGGUGCAUAUCCUUUUGGAACUGUGCGCAUGGUUGAGAUGUGGAAAUCAUACCAUGUUCACGACCUUGGAGGGAGCCUUAAACUUUGACAUAAUUAUAGAUGCGCACCUUUCCAACUUGUCAGUCUAGCCUUUCCCUGAGGAUUGUGCUUUUCUCAGAUUCCUAGAAGAGUACAGAAGUCGAUAUCCAAAGAUCUUCAACAGAAUACACAGAUGAGUUUCACACUUGCGGACGAUCAAUUAUCUGGAAGGGGGGAGGUAACUCCAAUGGCCUGCCUCUAUUCUUUUAGUCAAAGGGAGAACUAGGUUAGAUACUUCCUGGGCAAAUUUUAAUUACUAGCGACUAAUUCCAUAUCUGAAGAAUUCAACAGAAAAUAUCAACAAUGCCAUGUUUAAAUAUUAUAUAUUAGCCCAUGUAGUAAAAGUGAGUUUUUGUGUUUGUGUGUUUAUUUUUACUACGCAUGUACAAUAACAAUUCAUUAAUUGCAGUUGACUGGGCAGACCUCUAAAAUGAAAUCUGGCUUUCAUCACUCCUCUUGUUUGUUUGUUCUUGAAGAUCUUUGCACCAGCCAGGAGGCUGAUGCUGAAUGAAGGAAUAACUUUUAGGAUAGGUGAAGAUGUCAAUUUUGGUUUCUCUCAGUUUCUAAUGUUUCCAGUUUAAAGUUCAGUUCUUGACAUUUCCACCUUGUUUUGUGAUUUAUUUGUAAGUCCUCGUGAAAAUUCAUUACCAUUUUAGGGCAAAUUUCUCCUAAUAUAUACAUUUUUUUUGUAUGCCAUUUUGCCAAAUACUUUUGCAAAGCAUUUCUCCGUACUAUAAUGCAUUUUUUCAUGUAAUUUUCACUAGCAUGUGCUUUUGUAGGUAUGCUGUUCCCUAGCAGAUGAAUUUUUGUAUGUUUUGCUUGUCCAGAAUGCAGAUGACUUUGUUUCAGAUCACAACUUGUUUCAAAAAGUGUGAAUUGGGUGGGUUUGCCUUGAAAUGCGAACCAACCCAAGGUUCUCCCCAUCUCUGGUGACUCUAAAACUACAGCCAAAAUUGUGACCUGGUGCAAUGUAAAAACUAAGAAUGCAAUGUGAUCCUUGGCAAGGGCUAUCAAUGCAUCUACAAAACCCUGCUGUCCAUGCCAGCUGGGGCAGAUAAACAAUUGCACAAGCGUGGAGCGAUCACAUGAUGACGGAGGGUAGGGCUGGCUCAAGAUCCAGUAGAUCUCCACAUUCCUCAGUCUUGUCCUACCUCUGACAAGACUCCCGCGAGCAGCAGAGCCGCCUGCAGUUUUGACAGGGAGUUCUGUGCUGAUGUAAUGGUGCUGACAUCACUUUGCAGGCAGAAUCCAACAGGCUGUGCUGAGAGAAACCUCCACCCCAUGCACCCCCCACCUGAAGCCCAGCACAAAAGGGUUUGUAUUGCAGCCUAAGACAACAAGCUCAAGACCAUCAAAUUUCAGGGUCAAGUGUCACCUCAGCAAUGUCAACAAGUAAGCAGAUCUCUUAUGUCUUAGCAGGCAGCGGCGGAGCAAGCCAAUCGGGUGCCUUGCGCCCAGAGGCGUGGCUAGCUGCCCACAGGAUGGGGCCAGCUGGGGCAGGACACUCCAUGGGGCCUCUGAGGAGUCUGCCUGCCUCCUCCCACUCAGCUGCCCUACUGCUGAGGGGGAGGUGGUGGGCGGACCGUUUGGGGCAACGUGGAGCCGGCAGGCGCCCAAGCCACCACAUCACUCCCAGGAGAGACGCAUGGCUUGGGCACGCUGCAGGCCCCACGGUGAGUGCCGCACGGCAUUUUGUCACCCCCCUCAGUCGUGACACCCGGGGCAGACCACCCCCACCACACACCCCUUCCUCCACCCCUGUUAGCAGGGCUUUUGUUCAGCCGGAACGCUCCAGAACUCCAUUCCAGCACCUCUCAGGUGGACGCCAUUGCCAUUAAAAGGGCAAGAGAGGCGUUCAUGGUGAGUUCUGGCACCUCUUUUUCUUGAAAAAUAGCCCUGUGUCUUAGCCUCCAUUCCCAUUCCGUUGCCCAUCUGUAAUGCGGGUAUAACAUUAUAUGAGUGUUUUAACAUUUUCGAAACAUUUUGAGUGAUUUGUAAGAGAACAUUAUUCACAGUCAUUUAUUUGUUCAUUUCGUAGGCCACUCCAAAAAUGGGGGCGCUGGUCGGCAGCAAGUAAAUAAUUUAAAGAAAUAAUACGGGCACCGUAAGGAUUGUUAAGAAAAGGUGUGUGAAAUGCUUUGUGGAUUUGAGAUCUGCUCUGCUAAUGCGCGGUUUGUCAAGCAACUUGCCUCGUCCUCAUUGAGCAACUCAUAAAUACCCUCUUCAGUAAAGCCUUUCCUGAACCACCGGAUACCUCCAUAACUCAAGUGGAAAACCCAGGGGUCAUUAUUAGAGGAUAAGGUUGUGUAAAAAGUCUAGGAAACUCGAACCAAGAAACUUUUCCUCCCCAAAACUCAUUUGAAAGUUGUGGAGGCUUGCUAAACCGGAAAGGGCUCAUCAUAUCAGAUAUAACUCAAAUCCAUCCAACUUGUCCUUUGUUGUGGUGUAUUUAGUUGGAUACGGUAAGUUCUGAAACUUGGACCACCUGAGGCUGGAAGAUAUUAGAUUUUGGAAGCAUCAAAAAGUUUUCAAGAUCGGUUUACUUUUGUGCAGAGAAUCUGAGAAUGCCUGAGGCUUGGACAAUAUGAGCUGUUUAACUAAAAGUUUUAAUUCGAAUAUAUCAUUCAGUUAUGACCAGCUUAAAGGCACAGGCGUGCUAAAACCUUUUUCAUUUAAUAUAACAGCUAAUCUAAGACUUUUAUACUAAAUUACAGGUUCGUCUUAAAUACCCUGCAGCACAUGAAUACAUAUGUAUGGCUCCAUGUCAUGGUAAGUUGUUGGAGUUUUUUGAACAUGCAUAAAAUUAUUUAAAGCACUUGUUUAUUUAUUUGGCUGAUUUAUUUAUUUGUCUGAAACAUUUAUAGGCUGCCUCUUCAUCGAAGAGCUUCGAGGCAGCUUACAACACUUUUUUUAAAAAAAAUCAAUUUAAAAGUAUUAACAAUAUAAAAGCAGCCAUGAGGAAAUGCUAAUGCAGACAAAAUAAAAUUUCAGGUGCAGUAAAUAAAACAAGUUCCCUUCAAAAGUUUAUCAAAAAGACCACAUUUUAGCUGCUAUCCCAGGAACUAAAGUCUAAAAGAUUUUGCCUUUUGAUUCACCUGCUGAACAGCAGGAUCAGUUUAUGCACAGUGAUGAUUGAUUGAUUGAUUGAUUGAUUGAUUGACUGCGGAAAUGGAUAAAAGCCCCCCAUCCAAACAAUGACUAUCAUCAGUGCAGGUAAGGAGGGGAAAGUAAUUUUAAUUUGUAUCAUCUACAAUACUGUCUUAUUUAUUUUAUAGUACAGUACAUUGACUAUUGCUUUCAUUUUAUGGAUCAAUGGUCUCAUUAAAUAGUAAAAUUCAUGUGAAAUGGCUGUUUCAGGGGUUGUUUUUAGAAGUCUGGAACAGAUUAAUCCGUUUUGCAUUACUUUCUGUGGGAAAGCGUGCCUUGGAACAGACUCCUGGAACGAAUUGUGUUUGAGAACCAAGGUACCACUGUACCUCACAUCAGUUGACAGUCCACCACCUGUACUAGGAACUGAAUGUAGGAUCUGAACACCCUUCAAAGGCAGCCUCCUCUACAAUCCACUGCAGUAACCUAACAUGGAUGAAAUAUGGGCAUGAAGGAUCAUGGCCCAUUUUCUGUGUCCAGUUUCUCUGGGUAAGAAUACAUCCAAUACACAUCCAAACCUGCUGAGCAGAGCUCCUAGAUGCCACCAUCUGAGCAUCUUGGAGAACAACCAGAUCCAGCGUCACUUCCAAGCUUCGUUCCUGGGUCUUCACGGAGAGUGCGACUCUAUGUAAGUCGAACAGGUAACACCUACAGCCAGAUCACCAGAACAACUGACAGCAGCUUUGUCUUGUCUUGAUUGUAUCUCUGCUUGUUUGCCUACAUCCAGUUCGCCAUCAAUCCCAGAUACCAGUUCAGAAGCAGAUGAAAAUGAGAAAAACAGAUGGCACUGCAGCUCAAAUCUCCAGACGACUUCACCAUUUCAUGUAAAUAUUAAACAACUUAGCAAUCUAUAUACGGUUAAGGGGACAUUAAGGGUGAGUUUCUACAAGCAAUUUUUUAAUGGAAUUAGACCACAACCUUACCCGUCCCUGUAAUUCGUCCCUGAGUAUAAAUGUUCCCCCAAGUGGUAAAACCAUAUAAAAUGAAUCAAUUGAUUUAUUGCCCUGUAGAAAAUGUAUUUAAUUUUAAUUUAUUUAAAGCAUUUUUCCAAGCUCAUGUUAAAAAAAAAAAAAAGCCGACCAUGGUAGCUUGAAAAUGUCAAUAGUAAGAGUGUCCUCGCCUUGCCUUCAGGCUUACAAUCCGAAUGACGCAAAUCGAAAUGAAGGGAAAGGGGCUGGGAGUUAGGACUGAAGCCACAGUAUGUGUUUUUCUCCCGCUCUGUGCAAUGUAAUGAUUUCAGGGAAUGGGUAAGUCAUUCCCUGGGUGGUUGGGUGUACACACAAACACACACAAACACACCUUUCUGUGCUACCCACAAUUUCUGACUGGUUUUUGUAGCCAGUCUUUAUUUGUAGUCAUCUCUCCUGCAAAUCGUCUGCCACACAUACAGGAUUCAAGUGAGGGCAGAAACCAAUCUCUUACUUUGCACCAAAUUAGAGGGAACACUCCGAAGCAUGUUGGGGGGAGAGUCCCCUUCUAUUAUUAAUUAACCAAUUAAUUUGAUGUACACCCCACCCUUUCUCCUAAAGGAGUCCAGGGCAGAAAACCCAACAGUAGUUAAAAAAGAAAAGUUUUUAAAGCAUUCUACAAUAGUUAAAAGUGGGACGCGGGUGGCAUUGUGCGUAAAACCUCAGCACCUAGGACUUGCCGAUCGCAUGGUUGGCGGUUCGAAUCCCCGCGGCGGCGUGAGCUCCCGUCGUUCGGUCCCAGCUCCUGCCCACCUAGCAGUUCGAAAGCACCCCUAAGUGCAAGUAGAUAAAUAGGUACCGCUUUAUUGCGGGAAGGUAAACGGCGUUUCCGUGUGCUGCGCUGGUGCUGGCUCGCCAGAGCAGCUUCGUCACGCUGGCCAUGUGACCCGGAAGUGUGUCCAGACAGCGCUGGCCCCUGGCCUCUUAAGUGAGAUGGGCGCACAACUCUAGAGUCGGACACAACUGGCCCGUACGGGCAAGGGUACCUUUACCUUUUUACAAUAGUUAAAAGCAUUCUCUCGGCAAUGAUUUCCAGGUUGCAGGAACAGUAUCUUUCAGCCACCAAAUGCCCAGGAAUGUUUUUAGCUUCCUCCUGAAAGUCACUGAUGAAGGGAGUCAGAUCACCUCACCAGGGAGUGCAUUCUGCCACUGAGAAGGCCACGUUGUGGACCAAAGGUCAACUGGGAAGCCUUCAGUGGUGGCAACACCAACAAACAUUCACAUGCCAAUGAUAGAGUCUGAGACAGUUGAUAUCGGGGAAGUGUUUAUCCACAAAUGUGGUCAACGGGAAGCAGGCACGGCAGCUCUACAGGGCGGUGGUGUCAUCAACCCACUCAAUAUUCCUUAGCAGGGGGUUCAGACCCCCUCCUUAUUGAGGGGGCAGAGGAGGCCAAAUAGCUGAGCCGAGCAUGGUGCAGGCUCCUUCUGAACAUGAGAGAAGGAGCCGCAGCUAUUGAAGCCGGGCAAGGCCUCCUCCCGAUGACUCCUGAUGCCUCCUCCUGAAGCCACAUGUAAGACACAUGUCACAUACAUGACGCCACAGGCAUUUGACGUGCCACUCUUGAAGGUGGUACCUCUAACAGGAAGAGUUUUCUAGACACUCCUGGAAAGUAGGAGAGCAUUUUUGAGGGUGCUGGUGAUGCCACGUUAUGAACAAUGCGUUGUUCCUCUCACACUAACUGCUCUCAUUACCUCAGGCCUGAAACCACAUAAAGAAUGUGGUAGUUGUACAUCUUAGUUGCAGCUACACAAGCAUAGAUUGUAUCAUUUAAUGUCACUGUUAACAAACAAACAAGAAAGCUAAUUAAGCAUUCUGAGUCACUUGCCUCAUAAUUAUUUUGUCAUUUAUUGGACUUCCUGUAGACACAAAACAAUUUCUACCCUAUAUGCACAUUUAAUCCUAUUGAUCAAAACAUCAUGUAGGGAGUGAUUGUACUUAGAAUUCCAUAUUAAAGGCAGCAGUUUUAAUAACCUGUCAGAUUUGCUGGAAGAAAUACAGAUUUUGAACGAGCUAUUGAGUUUCAGCAAAUACCAGUAGGAGAUUUCUUAAGAAAAUCAAUUACGGUAAGGUUUAAAAUACUUGACAAAUAGACAAGUAAUUCCAGGUCUAAUGUUGUCUAAAUUAAAAUUUUCCAAUGUAUCUAUUAACAAGUACAUGCUAAAGUCCAUUGUUUAGUCUGACUUCGGGGGAGAUCCUAUGUAAUAUGACCAGCCAUCAGAAUUGCAUGUUCUCCUAAGAGCUGCUUCAUGCAUCACAAGUUUAGCAGCACAUGUAAAUGUGGUGGAGAGCUACACCAAGUCCACCUCACAGACAUGCUCAUCCCAAGAAAACUACAUGUGAGUCCCAUGGUGAAUAAUGGGAGCUUAAGUUAACUGUAACAAGCUCAUCGCAUUGAUUUCAAUGAGACUUAAAUUUAGCUCACUCUGGACAGUAGACGAUGGUCCUCAUCCAACAGUAGAUGUGCUUGUAUGUAAGGUAAAAAAAGGUAAAGGACCCUUAGAAAAUUAAGUUCAGUCAAAGGCAACUAUGGGGUUGCAUUGCUCAUCUCGCUUUCAGGUCGAGAGAGCCGGCAUUUGUCCACAGACAGCUUUCCCGGUCAUGUGGCUAGCAUGACUAAGCCACUUCUGGUGCAUCGGAAAACCAUGUUGAAAGCCAGAGAGCAUAGAAAUGCCGCCUACCUUCCCACCACAGUGGUACCUGUUUAUCUACUUGCACUGGCGUGCUUUCCAAUUGCUAGGUUGGCAGGAGCUGGGACAGAACAAUGGGAGCUCACUCUGUCGUGGGGAUUCAAACCGCCAACCUUCCGAUCGGCAAGCCCAAGAGGGUCAGUGGUUUAGACCACAAUGCCACCCACGUCUAGCUUGUAUGUGUAUAACCCCUGCAAAACCCCUGAUCAUAAAGAUGGAGGAAUGAGCCUUGUCCUUUCUCUCCCCUUCCCAAACAAAUAUCUGGUCUGACCAACCCUGUGCACACAUAUGGUUCCAGCUGCUGAAUUGGACCAGGAACGACCGUAUUUUUCUCUCUAUAACACUCACAUUUUUUCUCCUAAAAAGUAAGGGGAAUGUCUGUGCAUGUUAUUAAGCGAAUGUGUGGUCCCUGGAGCCGACUGGCCCGAGUGCAGAGGCAAAAAUCAGGCAAAAAUCAGAUCGUGCGCUGCAGAGAAGAGGCUGCUGCUUUCCUGCAUUCUGCCUCAGGGUCUUAUUGCCCACCCUCUUCUGUUUUAGGUUGCUUUGUUUACAAAGUUGUAAAAGCUGUUUUCAGUUGCUGUGGUUACAAAGCACAGAUCCACAUGGAUUCUCAAUUUUUGCAUUGGCCUACCCCAAACUCACCGUCAAAUCACAUGUCUGUGGCCACAGCAUGAAGCACCAAAAUGAUACAUCCACUGUUUCAUUCAGAAUUUUUUUUCUUGUUUUCCUCCUCUAAAAACUAUGUGCAUGUUAUGGUCAGGUGCAUGUUAUAGAGCGAAAAAUACGGUAUGUUUGCAGCGCUUGUCAAUGUACACAGAUCUUGAGGCAUAUGGGCCCCUAGCUGGAUGCAGGCAGCUAUGUUUUUAUGGGCACACAUACAAAGUUUUUGUUGCACAUGUGCAAAGCUGCUCUUACGUUACAGAAGGAUUUGAUUCAUAUUUCGCAGCAGCUCAACCAUAGACCAGUGAAGAGAAACAUGUAAUGCACUUUUAAUAAAAUAUGAAAUUGCCUAUUAAAAAUUUCAAAAUGGCUUCUCCAUAUCUGAGAUUAUUUAUGGCAGAAAUAAAAGAAAACUCUCAAAAUGUGUUGUAAUUUAAUAUUCCACUAUAUUUGUAUGUAAAAUAGCAAAUGGAGAACACACACUUAGGCUUCUAUAGCUGACAUUUAUUAUCUAUACAUCAUUCUGUAAUUUAGAAACAUGAAUCUCAGUAAUUUUCUAGUCAUUCAGUGCAACAGUUUCCAUUUUAUAUUUAUCCUGCUCAAUUAAAAGGAUUCCAAGUGUUAAGAGAUUGUAGUUUGGGCUUGUGAUUUUCCUUCUACUGUUCUAAAAAUACAUAUUUGGCUAUAAAGAGCGCUAUUAUUCUGUGACAAUACUGUAUUAUUUCAGAUCAGUGGCCCAUCUGUUCCAGUUUUUUUGAGUGAUCUCAAAAAAGGCUCCAAUGACAUUUUUUCCAGUUUUUCAGCUCAAAAAUUCAACUAAGUUUUACUUAGAUCAGAGCCGUUGAAAUUAAUGAACAUGACUUAGAUAGGUCCAUUAAUUUCAAUAGAUCUAUUCUGAGUAAAAUUUAGGUGAGUGCUACCCAGUGACCUCUUGAAAAACACUAUGACUUGGCUCUGUGGAAGCAAAAGCAUUGAGUGGAAAGUACGUCUACUCACACAAAAGAAGUUCCCAUUUAUGCUCAUUUCUGCUCACACACAGGAGGUCUUCAAUAUAUAUUUUAAUCACAUGUCAUAUUCCACAUCAUUCUGGGAGAUCCACAGACACUCAGGAGCCACUUUUGAUGGGGCACAAGGUGCUGAGGAAGGAAGUGGCUGGCAGGAAAGUCCCCUUACUUUGGGUCUAAAGCUAUUUAAAAUAAAUGCUUAGGUUUUUCAAAAUCUAAUUUGCCAUCAUUGUUUCUUUGGGCAGUGGAAUAGCAUGGUGAAUGAGAUGACUUGAUGAAACUACAUAGCCAAUACUAUGAUCCCAACCUCGGACAACGUGGUGAAUGGAAUGAGAUUACCAUGCUAAAAAACUCAGUCACCUUGCCAGCACCAACACAACCAAAAUCAUUGAUAAUACCUAAUAGAAUAUCUUAAGUUUAUGUACUGUAUCUUAUCUCUGUUCCUAGACUUGCAUUUCUGGUUUGGCUUUUUCACCUGAAUUCUUUGCUCUGUAACAUGUAUGAUGCAAAAGUAUCAGCAUUAUGGCAAUGGGAAUUUGGGGGUACCACCCUGUGUGUGUGUGUGUGUGUGUGUGUGGACAUUGAAAGUGUGUAUUCAUAUGACCGCUUGCCAGUAUGAGAAAGAAAGUGAAUUCUUUUUUACUGUUAUUAGUGUGCUGGGGAAGAGAAAGGUUGGACUUUCAGCCCGAUACACUGAUUUUUCUUUUAAAUGGAAGGUUAGUCACUCUAGGGCAGACAGAUUUUUCUGAAGUUUGGAAUGAGUGAAUAGGUUAAUUCUGUUUUCUUCAUGUUUCUCAUUUUCCCAGUCCGAUGUUAAGUUCACAACAUUUCCACAUCAGGGUUUUUUGUAUUUAAAAAAAGUCACCAUGAAAACCCAACCGCAUUUUAGUAUGAAUCUGUCCCGAUACACACACUUUUACAAAGCAAUUUUUUCCAUAAUGUAAUGCAUAUUUGAAUGCCAUUUCUGCGAUAGUAUGCAUUUCUGGGCACACUUUACCCUAACAGAUGAACAUUACUUGACUGGAGAACUGCGCUGCAAAAUUUUGAGAAGGAUUUCAAAGAACGGCUGUGCUUUGGUUUAUGGAUCGUUUGGAAAAGUCUGAGGUAGGUAGGUUGAUUUUUAAAUGUGAAUUGAAUGCAAUCUCUUCCCCCAACCCUAUAAAGAGUACAUGGGUCUCUUGCUUUUCUCUUCUUUUAAUUUUAUAGUGCAGUAUGUUUGGAUGUCAUCAGCCUUCUCUCUCUCACUCCCCACCCCCCCCAAAAAAUAUACGUUGUAUGUCCAUUCCUUCUGGUUUCUUUUCCUUUGGGGAUACCCAGGACUCUUCACUGACAGAUCUUAGUAUCCAAGGGGGAGUAUACUAGCAGGAUUAAAGGCGAGACCCUCAAUUAGACUAUCUCUGAUUUCUUCAGAUGUUUUUUCUAAUCUUUUAAUAUGGGAUUAAAGUGUGCUAAGACCAUAGAUUGCUUUUAUUCUUAACGAAGAUCUUCCCAGCUGCAUUUCAAGAUUGUCAAUAUCCUUUUUCUUAUUCCUUCAAAAGUGAGCAGUCCCCCCCUCCCCCUUUUUUUCUUAAUUUGGAGUAAUUCCCAUCUAGACGAUGAUGAUAAUGAACUUUUGUCAGUUCCUAUGUGACGCCAAGUACAAAAUAGCUUGAUAAGAAAUGUGAAGCGUACAUGCGUUUCUCAAUGAUCUGCAGGAAACUCCCUGAGAGACUGAUUAGCCUGUGCUUGUCACAUAUAAGGGGAGAUAAUUAUGGAGGCUUAACGGAAUAUGUGGUGGAUCUUUGGAGAAGAGAUGACUAGAUCUAAGACCGUCUCAUAGAUCAGCUCUAAUUUUUAAUAUUACACAUAAUGUGAGUGGGGGUUUUUGAGCUUUACCCCAGAGCCUUCGUACCAGUGACUCUUCCAACAGAAUGACAUCAAAUUAUUAUUUUUUUCCAGAGUGUAAAAACAGUUCAAACGAGAUUAUCUUUAAUUAGUAUAAUCUUAUGAACCCAUUGUGAAAACUUUAUUGCACCCAUGCUGGCUCUCCCUUAUUCCUUAUUUAGAGACUCUUUAUUACAUUCCACAUUGCAAUCCUUAAUGGUGGAAAUGAAUACAUGGCACUUAAAAGUAAUAUUGUUGUAUUUCUUUAUUUAAUAAACACCAUCUUCUUCUUUAAUUCCAGGGCUAAUAGCUUUCUUUUAUGGAUCACGGUAUAUUAGAUAGCAAUACCUUAUAGAUUUUUCCUCCCCCUUUUGUUUUUAAGUAAAGAUUGUGGUGCUCCCUUAAGUCAUUUAUAUGCAUUAAAAAUGGAUUUGUUAAGCAAGCCCAGUAAUAUAUUAAGUGCAUUUAAUAAAUACUUGGACAAUAAUUACUACAUUUCAUAUUAUUAGCAGCAGGUUGGUUAUGAAGGGGUAAACUGUUGCAAAUCAGGAAUCCUUCUCACCAAGCUCUCUCGUAAGUACCAACUCCUCUCUCACUGACCCAUCUUGAUUUCUUGCUUCUCCCUUGUUUAUCUGACACGGUGUCUAACCGCAACACAACUACUUACAGGCACAAGCACACUAAGUCCUCCUUCCUGCUUCUUGUGUACCUUUCAUCUUCUUCUAUCUCAUUUUCCACCAUCCUCCUUACCUGGAUGAAAAGAGAAAUGUGGAUUUUCAGUAACUGCAGAAGCCCAAGGCUGUGAUAUAAGGGAGGUAAAUAAAAUGAGCACAAUACACGUCAAGGUGUUUGUGUUCAUUUUAUUUAUAAUCGCCUUCCUUCUUUUUAUUGUUGAAGAAGAAGAAGAAGAAGAAGAAGAAGAAGAAGAAGAAGAAGAAGAAGAAGAAGAAGAAUUUGCUAUUUAUAUAUAUCUAUACUUAAAGGGUACACUAUUGCAGGUCAUGA